UUGAAACGAGCUGCCAAUAUCGAAUAGGUGGAGUCGGUAACCAACGACUAAGCAAGCGAGCGGCCAUGGCAGAGCCACGACCUCGUUGCUUAAUCCACACUUUGAUUUCUGAUCUAAUCGAAUUUCCUGUUUUUUUUUUUUGUGUGGAUUUGGCGCUGUAAGCUGGUAACUCAGAGCAUCAAGCGGUUAGGGUUUGAUUAGGGAAGAUAGGUAAAGAGGAUGGAUCACUACAAGGUGUUGGGGUUAGGGAGGAAGGCCACCAAGGAAGAAAUUAAGGAGGCUUUCAGGCGAAUGGCGGUCAAGUAUCAUCCGGACAAGCAUUCUCAUUCCCCACAAUCUGUCAGGGACGAUGCGCUCCUCCGAUUCAAGCAGGUCUCUGAGGCCUACGAGGUGCUAAUCGAUGAUAGCAAACGCGCGCUUUAUAACUCUCAUAUGCACGCUUCUGCCUCCAGUUAUGGCUACGCUUCUAAUCAUUCUUAUCGCUCCGAUUAUGGUUAUGGUUAUGGAUAUAGUCAAAGUCGUGGUUCUUCUACGGCUGGGUUUCGCUCUGCUUAUGCUUCUAAUUCUCCCAACCUUAUCGACGUUGUGCUUCGCUUCUUAACCACGCGACAGUUUUUCCUCAGUUGUGCCUUUGCCGGUGCCUUAUUUGGUGGGUUUGUUGUGCUUGAUAAGAGCGGGGAUGCACUGUGGAAAAUCCAUAAUCCCGGGAAAUCAUUUGAAGAAGCCAUGGAAUCCAUUGAGAAAGCCAAAGACCGUAGAGAUAAGACGUAGCAGCAUAUAUUGGUGUUCUUUCCUUCUCUACUCUGGGUAAUUAGCCUAAUGUUUCAUUCUCAUUAGGUCGGUAUUUCGGGUUCCAGAAUUAUAUUUAUUACCUGUUGUAUGCACUUUUUUUUUUUUUUUAUUUUUUCCUUUUCCACGUGGUCCUCCCAAUGCUAGGAAAGUCUUCAGUGGCUAGAUAUAUAUUUCUGUAUAUGUAGGUAGUUUUUUUUAGGGGUAGAAGCGAAGGAGGAUACAGAAUCGGGUAGUUGAACCAGGGAAAUAAGAGGUGGACAUAACUAUCCAUUACCAAUGUCUGCUUGGUUUGUAAGUACAUAUAGUUAAUUGUACAUUCAUUAAUUCCUGAAUAUAAGAAUAAUAUUGAUGAAUCAUUCUCAAUAAUGCGAAUUCAAUCCAA